CGUGUGUAUAAUUUAAAAAAAGUAUAUCACUUUGUGAUCCGUAUGUUCUCUCUCUCUAGAGAAAGAGAUAGCAAAACAUGAGGGAAAGGAAAAGGUAUGUGAAAAAGCUUAGGCUAAGCUAUCUAUAGGAUACAAUGAACCAAAAGUCUCUUUCUUUCUUCUUCUUCUUCUUCUCUUCUUCUACAACUUCUCCAAGAAAAAAGAAAAAUUCUCCCCAAACACCUCCUCCAACUUCAAGAACUCAUCUCCCAUGUCUGAUGAAGACAAGAUCAACUACUCUCACCCUUACGAUCGUGAUCAUCGCAACGUCAUGGGAUCAGAAGGGUUUCCAUUUUCUUUCCCAACCGAUCUCAAUUUCGACCCCUUUACAUACAGCCAUCAUCAGCUGCAAAACCCUACUGGACUUGAUCAUCAUCACUCCCAAAUGAGCUUCACCAGCUUCUUGCAUGGGGAUGCGGAGUACAACACUCUGUCAGCUGCUUUCGACCUCUCUUGUUUGUCAUCUGAAGCUGUUCAUGCUGUGAACAAUAGUUCAUCGAACAAGAAUCUCUUGGAGGCUGCAGGGACUACCAACAGCGCUUCCGAAAACCCACCUGCGACUCCGAAUUCGUCGGUCUCGUUUUCGUCAUCGGAGGCCGUCAUCGAAGAGGAUUCCAGUUCCAAGAACAGGAGAGAUCUGCAGCGGAAAGGGUGUGAAGAUGGAGAUGUGAUGAAGUCUACGAAACUCAAAGUGAAAAAGAAAGGGGAGAAAAAGCAACGAGAACCACGCGUUGCCUUCAUGACUAAGAGCGAUGUAGACAAUCUUGAAGAUGGAUACAGAUGGAGAAAGUAUGGCCAGAAAGCAGUGAAAAAUAGCCCUUUCCCAAGAAGCUACUACAGAUGCACAAGCCAGAAAUGUAAUGUGAAGAAGCGCAUCGAGAGAUCGUUCCAAGAUCCAUCGACAGUGAUCACCACGUACGAGGGCCAACACAACCACCACAGCCCCGCCACUCUCCGAGGCAGUGCCGCCAUGCUGCCACCGCUCCCAUUUCCAAGACUAGCUCAAAACUUCCUCUUCCCCAACACUUGCCCCCAAAACCACCCAAAUUCCUCCUACUACUCACAUCCAAACAUCAGUCCUGAGCAGCCUCAAAUUCUUCCUGAUCAGUCCAGCCUAUUCCCAAACAUGGUCUCAUCUUUUCUCCACAAACAUAUAUAAUCAUCCAUGAAUCAUCCUCUCCACAUACCUAAUUUUUGGCUUAUACGAUCACUCGGAUUGAGAUCGAUCAGGUCGUGGAUUUUAGGCGCGCGGUAUGGGACUUAAUUACUAGACAGGUUGUGUUCUUGUAGCUAGAUUGGUUGAAGACAUGGGAUGCCCCAUAUACAUAUAUAUGAAUGAAGAAAGGAGCACAAUGCCUGUUAUUUCCAAUUCGGGAAAGUGAUGAUGGCAUGUUCAUCAUUUAUAUAUAUAGAUCCUUCAGCUUAUUGCUUUCUUUUA